AUGUCCUUGGAAAGUCAGCUCCAGAACCCCGGGCGUCCAGGCGCUGGGCGAGGGUCGGGGACACCAGGGUUCGUCCCCAGACUCGCAAGCUCUUUUGGUGGCGACUGGGGCCCGGCGCCGCGAAGCCCGAUGUGGUCCGGAGGCAGUGGGAAGGCUCGGGGCUGGGAGGCCGCGGCGGGAGGGAAGAGCAGCCCCAGCAGGCUCAGCCGCCGCCGAAUCAUGUCGAUGAGUCCAAAGCACACGACUCCGUUCUCAGUGUCUGACAUCUUGAGUCCCCUGGAGGAAAGCUACAAGAAAGUGGGCAUGGAGGGCGGCGGCCUUGGGGCUCCACUGGCGGCUUACAGGCAGGGCCAGGCAGCACCGCCGGCCGCGGCCAUGCAGCAGCACGCCGUGGGGCACCACGGUGCGGUCACCGCCGCCUACCACAUGACGGCCACGGGGGUGCCCCAGCUCUCGCACUCCGCCGUGGGGGGCUACUGCAACGGCAACCUGGGCAACAUGAGCGAGCUGCCUCCCUACCAGGACACCAUGCGGAACACCGCCUCGGGCCCCGGAUGGUACGGCGCCAACCCAGACCCGCGCUUCCCCGCCAUCUCCCGCUUCAUGGGCCCGGCGAGCGGCAUGAACAUGAGCGGCAUGGGCGGCCUGGGCUCGCUGGGGGACGUGAGCAAGAACAUGGCCCCGCUGCCAAGUGCACCGCGCCGGAAGCGCCGGGUGCUCUUCUCCCAGGCGCAAGUGUACGAGCUAGAACGACGCUUCAAGCAACAGAAAUACCUGUCGGCUCCCGAGCGCGAGCACCUGGCCAGCAUGAUCCACCUGACACCCACGCAAGUCAAGAUUUGGUUCCAGAACCACCGCUACAAAAUGAAGCGCCAAGCCAAGGACAAGGCGGCGCAGCAACAACUACAGCAGGACAGCGGCGGCGGCGGAGGGGGCGCCGGGUGCCCACAGCAGCAGCAAGCGCAGCAGCAGUCGCCGCGCCGUGUGGCGGUGCCGGUCCUAGUGAAAGACGGCAAACCUUGCCAGGCGGGCGCCCCGGCUACUGGCGCAGCCAGCCUGCAAGGCCACGCGCAGCAACAGGCUCAACAGCAGGCGCAGGCCGCUCAGGCGGCGGCGGCGGCGAUCUCCGUUGGCAGCGGCGGUCCCGGCCUGGGUGCACACCCAGGCCACCAGCCGGGCAGCGCGGGCCAGUCUCCGGACCUGGCGCACCACGCCGCCAGCCCCGUAGCGCUGCAGGGCCAGGUCUCCAGCCUGUCCCACCUGAACUCCUCGGGCUCGGACUACGGCACCAUGUCCUGCUCCACCUUGCUAUAUGGUCGGACCUGGUGAGAGGUCGCUGGGCUGCACCAUGCCCAGCACGCGGCCUCAUCGCUUUCCCUCUUGUCCGCCACACACGUCAACCACCCGGCUCUCCAAGCGCUUCGGCUUUUCUUAAGGACCUGUCCUGUUUAGACCAAGGGAAAAAAACACAAAGGCCAAACUGCUGGACGUCUUUCCUUUUCCUUUUUUUUUCUAAAAUUCGUGGGAUUUUUUUAAAAAAAGAAAAUAAAAACAACCAAGCGAAUCCAAUUCUUUAAGGAGACUUUCAACAGAGAAGGACAUAAGAACAACUUUCGGGGUGUCUUUUAGGUGAUUCAAAUAGGUUUCCCACGCUCGGGUGGGGCACAGUUUGGAGAGGGAUCUAUGCUGGCAUGGCUCUGGACUGUAAAGAUCACAAACUUCAUUCUGCGUACACUGUGCCAGCAAAGUGGACUCGCUUGUAAAUACCAGGAUUUCUUUGAAGGGGAGACGGGGCCGGGGAGAGGAAAGACACUUCUACAGAGCCCACUUGUCAGUGACACAAAGGAAAUGCCCCCUCCCAGCAAACUCCGGCUGCCCAGGAUCAGCCUGCCAGCCCUGGCUAAAACUGCUUUAUGUUUGAUGUGAACUUGUAGCUGUAAAACACUGUCAAAAGUUGGACUAAAUGCCUAGUUUUUAGUAAUCUGUACAUUUUGUUGUAAAAAAAAAAAAAACAAAAACAA